ACAGUCAUCAGCUGGCUAACAAAACAUGUUGCUGACUGAGAUGCAAGUGUGUUGAGCAAGACGGACAGAGAAGUGUAGCCUAGAUAUGUUUCUCGUCUUUAGUAUGUGUCAUUUGGUGAAGACCAGCCUUAUGAAGCUGACACUCUUAAUAUAUUACUAACCUCUUUUGAAAGCAACAGAUACUGAUUUAUCAGGGAUUCAUUUAGACUUAAUGAAUAUGUAUAUUGUUCUUUCAUUGCAGCGUUUUGGAACUGUGUGGUAGGAAUGUGUAUUUUGAGCUACCAGUUCUUUCAAAAAUCUAGUGUCAAAUUGGAGGCAUUUUCUUUGUCCAUCCAUGGACUAUGGCUACAUCAUGACCAUGGACCUGGAAAGAGCUGCCUUCCCUAUAUCUCUGGCUCCCUCCAUGGCAGGUGAUGACUACAACCCUGUUUCCCUGAGACAGAAACCCAAGAGGAAGACUCGAGGAGGCAAUGUGGCAAUGAGCAGACGGAGGGUCUCGGUUAAAGAGCUGGGGGAGUCGGACUACCAGGGCUGGCUCUACAGGAAGAAAGAAGGAAAGGCCUUCCUGGGUUUCAAAUGGAAAAAGUACUGGUUUGUGCUGAAGAAGACUUCCCUGUACUGGUACACUACUCAACUGGCAGAGAAAGCAGAGGGAUACAUUAACCUGACUGACUUCAUCAUCGACAGAGCCUUGGAGUGCAAGAAAAAAUAUGCCAUUAAAGCAUGUCACCCGCAAGUCAUGAUGUUUUACUUUGCAGCUGAUACCUACGAGGAAAUGAACGUUUGGUUGAAUAAGCUUGGGCUUGCUUCAAUACAAUACGUACCAACAGAGAGCAACACUGCUGAGUGCUACAGUGAGGAAAGUGAUCACGAGGAGGCUGAGACGACAGAGGCUCCCCCUCCCCCAUACUCUGAGCAGAUGAACCAGGGCUCUGUGGAUGGUCCUGGCAGUGGACAUCAGGGUACUCUCCCUCCCCCCUACUCCUCUCCCCUUCCCAGUGAGACCAAUGGCUCCUUCUCCUCACCUGUCAGCACAAUGACAUCACAGAGUUCCGUUUCCUCACUGGCCAAGCAUCGUCAGUCCUGGCUGGACCUGGUCUCACAGGCCUCUCCUGUUGUCGGGGAAACGGUGGUGUGCUCUGUGCAGGUCCACACACAUCGGCCCCCACAUAAUCAAGAGAACGAGGGGCCCCUACAGCACCACCAGGAGGCUUCAUCCUACCAGGACCCUCCAGGCAGCACAGCCAGGGAGGAGGACUUUAACCCCAGGGAGCAGAUAAAGGAGGUGGCUGUGCUAGAAAUAGGAACAGAAGAUGUGAACCAUGAAGCCACAUCUGAUGAGAUGGAGAGACUGUACAUCCACAUCAAGCAGGCCAACCUCUCUCCCAUAGGAGAACGCAAACCAUCCACCAAGAGGGACUUCAGAGCCUCCUUUAUAAAGAGAUGCAAAAACCAGGACGUUAACGAGAAACUGCACCUCAUCAGGACCCUCAACAGCACGCUAAAGGCAAAGGAGGCAGACCUGUUGACCAUUGAGCAGGUGCUGUCAGAACCCACCCCCUCCAGAUUCAGGGAAUGGAAAAAAGUCAACACACCUCUGCUCCAGGAGAUCUGUCUCAAGCAUGGACACCAGGUGGCAGCAGAGGUAGAGCCCUCCGCAGCAGCAGCCAAUGCCAUUGCUGUCCCCUUUGUAGAGACCAGUUUAUAAUGGAGUAGGAUGAAGUUGACCCUAAACACUGAUCUAAGGUCAGUGUUGAGUUUACCCCACUAAUGCUUAUGGUUAAGAUUUGGGAUGGAUGAGCAGAUUGCGUUCAUGUGCCUAUGGGUAAUUUUUACUCAGAAUGUUUAUAAGACUCACUGCCGUUAUUGUCUACCCAUAACCCAGUAGCACUAAGGGUUGUUCACAGGCAGCCUGGUCUCAUAGUAAACAUAAGUCCAGGAUGCUGAAAUUAGCAUGAUAUGUUACAUAAGAUAGAAGAUUACUUAAAACAAUAAAACAAAGAGGGUGGUUUGUCGGGUUGGCUCAUGGAUGAGUGAGUGUAUAACGCGAACGUCUAACAACCCAAAGGUUGCGUCUUCAAAUCACAACAAAGGCAACUUUUGCGUUUUAGCUAAUUAGUAACUUAACUACUUGCUACUUUGCAACUACUAAACAUGUUAGCUACCCCUAACCCUUUAACUUAACUCCUAACCGUAACCCUUAGCCUAGCUAGCAUUAGCCACCUAGCGAAUUGCAUUUCGUAACAUAUCAUAUGAAUUGUAAUUCAUGGCAUAUCAUCCGAAAUUGAUUGGCAGCCACACAUUAAUACGUAUCAUACUAAAUGAAGGAAGACAGAUUUACAUUUACUAUUACUCCUACCACCAAGUCCAGGUUGACACAGGCCGCAUUUUUAUCUAACUACAUAUGAUUGGAAGCAGCUCAUGUGUUGACUCUCCACUAAGUGGAAUCAUAAGAGGAAAGUGUAUUUUUUAAAGUUGGAGUUGAUGCAAACAUUGUUUGGUUGAUUGGAUGACAUUAUAUGGUUUUAUAUUGUUUAUGUUGUCAUUUAUCUUUUUAGGUUUAGAGAUGUAACAAUUUACGUUUUCGUCUGUUGUGAUAUGUACAGUGUUUGCUUGCAUUUGUGUUAUCUC